CAUCUCGCCAAUGCCUGGAAAUACACGGCAGCAGUUAUAAGCGAAUGGUACAUGAGUCUAACUUCUAUAAUUAUCGUCUCACACUAAAUCAUAAAAUUACUGCACAUUAUAACUUCCUACUUCAGUCUCAUUAAUCAAGGUUGAUUAAUAAUGACAGUCACAAACUAUUUUGUCACGGCAAAACGGCUGUAAAAAUCAUUUAUUCCUUUAGGGAAUAUUCAAACAGACAUUCUCAAAAGUGGUUCCGAUAUUCUUUGACCGUUCUCGGACCAAAAAAAAAAGCUGCGGAGAUGAAGUUGUUUUGCAAAGUGGUUGUCAUGGCAACUAUUCUCUAUCUUUGCGUCCUAGCAUCGGGCAAACCGAUUGUAUUUGGGCUUAGAGAACAAACUGCCCUGCCUGUUGAGUCCAAGACUGGUCCUGAUUUUGAGGUGAAGGAACCAACUGCCCUGCCUGUUGAGUCAAAGACUGGUCCUGACUUUGAGGUUAAGGAACCAACUGCCUUGCCUGUCGAGUCCAAGACUGGUCAUGACUUUGAGGUGAAAGAACCAACUGCCCUGCCUGUUGAGUCAAAGACUGGUCCUGACUUUGAGGUGAAAGAACCAACUGCCCUGCCUGUCGAGUCCAAGGCUGGUCCUGACUUUGAGGUGAAAGAACCAACUGCCCUGCCUGUCGAGUCCAAGACUGGUCCUGACUUUGAGGUGAAAGAACCAACUGCCCUGCCUGUCGAGUCCAAGACUGGUCCUGACUUUGAGGUUAAGGAACCAACUGCCCUGCCUGUUGAGUCAAAGACUGGUCCUGACUUUGAGGUGAAGGAACCAACUGCCCUGCCUGUUCAGUCCAAGACUGGUCCUGACUUUGAGGUGAAGGAACCAACUGCCCUGCCUGUCGAGUCAAAGACUGGUCCUGACUUUGAGGUUAAGGAACCAACUGCCCUGCCCGUUGAGUCAAAGACUGGUCCAGACUUUGAGGUGAAGGAACCAACUGCCCUGCCUGUCGAGUCCAAGACUGGUCCAGACUUUGAGGUUAAGGAACCAACUGCCCUGCCCGUUGAGUCAAAGACUGGUCCUGACUUUGAGGUUAAGGAACCAACUGCCCUGCCUGUUGAGUCAAAGACUGGUCCAGACUUUGAGGUGAAGGAACCCACUGCCUUGCCUGUUGAGUCAAAGACUGGUCCAGACUUUGAGGUUAAGGAACCAACUGCCCUGCCCGUUGAGUCAAAGACUGGUCCUGACUUUGAGGUGAAGGAACCCACUGCCUUACCUGUUGAGUCAGAGACUGGUCCAGACUUUGAGGUGAAAGAACCAAAUGCCCUGCCUGUUGAGUCAGAGACUGGUCCAGACUUUGAGGUUAAGGAACCAACUGCCCUGCCUGUUGAGUCCAAGACUGGUCCUGACUUUGAGGUGAAGGAACCAACUGCCCUGCCUGUUCAGUCCAAGACUGGUCCUGACUUUGAGGUUAAGAAACCAACUGCCCUGCCUGUUGAGUCCAAGACUGGUCCAGACUUCGAGGUUAAGGAACCAACUGCCCUGCCCGUUGAGUCCAAGACUGGUCCUGACUUUGAGGUGAAGGAACCAACUGCCCUGCCUGUCGAGUCCAAGACUGGUCCUGACUUUGAGGUUAAGGAACCCACUCCCCUACCUGUUGAGUCUAAGACUGGUCCUGACUUUGAGGUUAAAGAACCAACUGGCCUACCCGUCGAGUCCAAGACUAGUCCUGAUUUUGAGGUAAAAAAGCCAACUGAAAUAUCUUUAGAGGAGUACCUGAAACAAGCCAGGCUGUGGGAGUGGGUGUAUGAGAUCAGAAAUAAAGAAUAG